AUGAUACAAUUACUUCGUGAAAUUCCAAAACUAAAUGCAAGUGUUUGUUGUUUUGAUACUGCUCAAUGUCAAACAACAACCAGUGUUUGGAAUCUAGAUCCUACUCAUAUCUAUAAACCUCUCACAUCAAAUCUACCACAUAGAUCUUUUCCAUAUAAACCUGCUGCAAUUAUUAGUUCUACAUUUGCUGAAGUACUCUUUCUCGAUUGUGAUGCUUAUCUUGUUCGAAAUCCUGACUAUUGGUUUCGAUCAGAUCCUAUGUAUCUUCAUUUUGGUGCACUCUUCUUUCCUGAUGCUAUACUCAGUCGACAACAUCCUUCUGUGUGGAACAUUUUUAAUACUACAUGUGCUCGAGAUGAAUUCGAACUUGAUAGUGCCGUUAUACUCGUCGAUAAGACACGUGUAUGGAAAGGACUCUAUAUGACUAAAUUAAUGAAUGAUUAUCAUCAACUUUUCUACGAACAUAUCACUGAUGGCGACAAAGAUACAUUUCGACUAGGUUUUCGCUAUAUGCAUGUGAAAUAUUAUUUGGUCAUGAUUCCAUGUUCGACUGGUUCUUUCAAUGGUACUCAUUUUGCUGGCUAUACAUUAUGCAAAACAGACAGUUUAGCACAACAUAUCUAUGUAAAGUAUGCGAAUUUAUGA